AUGCCUCUUGUCGCACUGAACCCGCAGCCGAGAGUGAUUCUCGGGGCGAUGACCUUUGGGCCGGAUGAGUCUAAAGGUGCCCGGAUCACCUCGCUCGACGAAUACAACAAAUGCCUUGAUUAUUUCCAGCAGCAAGGAUUCAAUGAACUUGAUACGGCCCGUAUCUAUGUUGGUGGAAAACAAGAGGCAUUCACGGCGCAGGCAAACUGGAAAUCUCGUGGCCUUACGCUUGCCACGAAAUGGUACCCUCACCAAGCCGGUGAUCACAAACCUGAUGUCAUUCGCAAGAAUUUGGAGCUUUCUUUAAAGGAGCUCCAAACUGACAUGGUUGAUAUCUUCUAUCUUCAUGCGGCAGACCGUGCGACCCCAUUCGCUGAAACACUUGAGGCUGUCAACCAAUUGCAUAAAGAGGGCAAGUUUGUACAGCUCGGUCUCAGCAACUUUACCUCUUUCGAGGUAGCAGAGAUCUGCAUUCUCUGCGCCGAAAGAGGAUGGGUUCGUCCUACUAUCUUCCAAGCUAUGUAUAACGCUAUAACACGCAAUAUUGAGACUGAACUUAUUCACGCCUGUCACCGGUACGGUCUUGACGUUGUCAUCUACAACCCACUUGCCGGUGGUCUUUUCUCCGGCAAAUACAAGCUGGAUGAUCUUCCCACCGAAGGCAGAUACAGCGACGCAGGUUCUACCGGACCCAAUUACCGAAAGCGUUAUUUCAGAGAUGCCAACUUUGAAGCUCUGAGUAUCAUUGAGCCAGUCGCCCAAAAGCACGGCCUGACUCUAGUGGAGACCGCCCUCCGAUGGGUCCGUCACCAUUCGGCCUUGCGAAUGGACAACGGUGGUCGUGAUGGAGUGUUGGUCGGAGUCAGCAGCUUCGGUCAGCUUGAGACCAAUCUUGCGGAUCUGCAAAAAGGUCCUCUGCCUGAAGAGGUUGUGCAGGCGCUUGACCAGGCUUGGCUGGUUGCCAAGUCUAACUCUCCCAACUACUGGCACCUGGAUUUGAAGUACACUUAUGAUACUCAGAAGGCCGUGUUCGGACCCAAGGAGUAA